AUGAAAAUACCAUUAGUGGUGGCACCCACCGAAUUGAUUAUUCAACCUCCUUGCGACAAAUCAGACAACACCAUCGAAGGGUUGUUGGAUGAAAGUGGUGAUUACGGAUGCUCCACAACUUAUGUGAACAAACCUUGUAUUGAGUUAAAAUUUGAUCGAGUUUACCACUUUUCUCAUCUCGAGUGUUUCGAAAACAAGAGAUAUAACGACGGUCAACAACGUGUGAGAGGAACUGAUGUGUACUGGAGGGCCAAUGAAACUGAUCCUUGGACUUAUAUUUAUUUUUUCAAAGAAGGUUAUGGCCUGCUAAAGGUUGAUUUGAACGUUUCAGCAAGAUAUUGGAAAUUUGAUUGUUUUGGAAUGAAGGAGAUUGCAUUUGGCAAAUUGAGAAUGUAUGCUUUUGACGCACCAGCUGUGAAUAUUCACACCAAAACAGGAAUGAUUAUUCAAGAAGAGACAAUUGCAUCCUCAGCUUUUGGUGUUGUUCCACCUCAUGUUGUCACACUUCCGCCAUCUCAAGUUGUUGCCAGUUCGACAACAUCAACCUUUGUUGAACCAUCCCAACCACAACAUCCUCAACCGGUUACAGUCUCUCAAGGACUUUGGGAACCAAAAUAUACUGGGCCAGAAGUUAACCUUGUCCCAGUCCAAUCCAUUGAUUCCCAAGGUGAUGCAAGGCGAGAAAAUACAUUGGAAGGAUUGUUGGAUGAUACUGGUGAUCACGGUUUUGUUACUUCUCCCAAUCAUAACUCGAUAAUUUUGAAUUAUGACCAAGUAUAUUUGUUCACCUACUUGGAAUACAUGACAUUGAACACUUCAAGCAACAACGAUUAUUACUUGCGAGAUGUGAAUAUUGAAUAUAGACUGAGAGAUUCAGAUGCAUGGACGUGGGUGAAAACUAUUGGAAAAAAAAAUAUUAAUUUAUGUCCAUUGACGAACAAGGUUGUGUUCGACAAACCUAUUAAGGCAACUCAAUGGAGAUUAGUGACUAAACAGCAAUGUAUUGAAAUUGGCAUGCUGAGAAUAUUUGGCUACACACCGUAUGUUCCCAUCCAAACAAAGACCGGAAUUGUUCCCAGUCUGCAACAAGUUGCUGAACAAGCUAUGCUUAAAUUCCCUGGUUGCGAUCAAAUUAAUCUCAUCAAACCAGUGGCACUUUAUACCCUUGAUCAUAAAAAAGUGGAUGACAGCACUAUUGACGAGAUUUUACGUGACGGAGGUGGUGAUGGAUUUGUCACUGAUCACUCUCCACUUCCACAGUGUGAAAUUUGUUUUGACGGUAUUUACAAAUUUGCACUAUUCACAUGGAGAGAAUUUCCCAAGAUUAAGAAACAUGGUACAUCCAACGGGCGUAAAGAUUCUCCCACUCUCGAAGGAGUCAAAAUUGAAUACAAAUUGAAAAAUAAUGAUCCUUGGCAAACGUCUAACAUCAAAGUUACCAAGCUGGAAACUAAUGUUGAAAAUGUGUUCAUGGUCUCCUUGGAAGGAAUUGAAGCUAGAUGUUUCAGAUUUACAAAAACAACACCUUCUGGAUUGAAGACCUCAAGAAUCGGUUUUGGAAUGCUUCGAUGUUAUGCCUAUGCACCAUUGUUGAAGUUUAACAUUAAGGAUAUAGAGCAUUCUGAGAAAAUUAUUCACAUUGUUAGACAAGACCAUUCUGGAAUUCCAAAGAUUGUUCCCACUAGUGAUGAAGAACCAUACUACGAUGAAACAUCUUGUAGUGACGUGAAUGUCAUUGCUCCAGUUAGAAUCACCAGUUCCGCACUUGGCUCACAAACGGAUAAUACAAUUGAAGGGCUUAUUGAUGAUACUGGAUCCAAAGGAUAUUCCACCACCCAUCAAGUUCAUUCCUAUAUAAUUCUGGAGUUUGAAGCGGUUUUCUUAUUCAAAUAUUUGGAAUUUUUGGAACAUCCACAAUUGUCGAACACAGACACCAUUCGGAGUGAUUUAACAUUAUACUACAAAGUGAAAGAAAGCGAUUCUUGGUCAAGAUGUACGAAAUUUGAUGAUCUCCUCUGUGGCCACCCAAAACUGAAUGUAAUGAAGUUUAGCAAACCAGGAAUCCAAGCCAGAUAUUGGAAAAUUGAAAGAAUUUGUGGAAACAUUGCGUUCGGAAUGCUUCAAUUCUUUGGUGUUGCACCUUUUAUUCCAUACUCUACCACAAAGGGCUUGUUGCUUUCAAGGGAUGAACAAGAAGCUUUACAUCUGACACCUUACAAGGGUAGUGAAAUCAAUGUCAUUGUUCCAUGCAGUAUUUCUUCUUCCAAUGAAAACCAUAAUGACAAGUUAGCUUCAGUUGACGACACCAAAUUGGCCGAAAACACCUUGGAAGGAUUACUUGAUGACUCCGCCGAGUAUGGUGUUUGUUGUUCAGGAUCAACUCUUAUUGUGAACUUUGAAAAGAUUCACUUUUUCAAAUAUCUCGAAUAUUAUACUCAUUGUCUGUACGAUGGUGAGAGUCAAGAAAAUCAUUUCAACAAUGUGAAAGUAUUUUACAAGAUUAGACCAAACGAACCAUGGAUUCCAUUCCACAAAGAGAUUGAGACUUCAAAACGGUAUCCUUAUUUGAAUCAUUUUGAAAUUGAUAAUUCUCCAGCCGGGUUCAAAGCAAGAUUUUGGAAGUUUGAGGCCUCUUCAUAUUUUUUAUUGUUAGGUACAUUGAGAAUGUAUGGUUAUGCCUCCUAUGAACCCAUUCCAACCAGAACUGGAACUGUGCUUACCCGAGAUAGCGAAGAAAAGAACAAACUUAAUGCUCGUUUGCAAUUGCUUGAAAAGCAAAAAAGUACAAAACAUUGCAAAACAUGUCUUGACGAUUUGGACGAAGAAAUUGCCUCAGUCAUGGAAUGUACCACUUGUGUCAUUGGGUUAUGUGAACGAGAUGCCAAAGUUCACAAGAGGAAGAACCCCACACAUGAAGUCAUUGAAAGAGUAGUUGUUAUGCCUUUGGACGAACCUUCAACAUCUCUGCCAGUUGUAUCUUCAUCCUCUGAAUUAAGCCUUGAAAAACCAACAAGCACGAAAGACUUUCCAGGUUUGAUUAACUAUUAUUCCAAGAAAAUUUCAAAACAAUUUCCACCAAUCACCACAGGAACUGGACCGCUUAAGCAGCUUAAUAAUGAUCCAAGCUUGAUGGUCAGUUACUCUGAUGAAGGAGAUUCAUGUGUGAAAAUUAAUGGGCCUUCCAUGCACAAUUUUAAGGAACGAUGUGCGUCGUUUGCAGUGGAGAGAGGUGCAAAUACCGUUAAUUUCGAAGUGUUGCAUGUUACGUUUACAAACUGUUCUUCAAUACCAAUUUCUAUUACAGCAUUGCAAAUGGAGUAUUCGGAUCAUGACAAUGAUUGGAAACCAAUGAACCACACUCAAGCUGCCUAUUGGGAAGCUGCCACUGUGGCAUUUAAUUAUGGUAGAGAGCUUGUAUUUGAAAAGAGCGAUUACCAUGGCAAGUAUGUUUUUUGCAACAAUUUCAUGCUUGGAGCUGGUGCCACCUCUUGUGAGUACAAAAUUGUAACAUCUUUUCCAUUGAUUGAAGAUGGUUGUCAAUCUGAGAGAGCAAAGAAAAUGAUUCCGUUCUCUAUGCCUUACCCGUUAACUGUUCGACUAACCAUUACUGAUUCCAUGAUGCGAAAAAAAAGUCUCAAACUUGUUUAUACCGCUCCCACUUUUCUACAUCAAACCCAUGAACAAUUUAAAACGCUGAUGGGACUCAGGGAUGAAGACUUCUUUGUAGAAUGCAGUGACAAUGCUAACCUGGAACAAGCAUUUGUUGGUAUCAAGUUGAAUGAUGAUGGCAUAUCCCUAUUCAAAACUGGGGCACAAACUGCUGUACAAAAAUUUACACUCUUGGAGCUGAAAUUUAGAUAUGAAAAAGAACGACAAAACUCCGUCUUGUUAUUCAAGUCACCAGGAACAUUUUGUAAUGCUGAAUUCUACUUGUUGUGCGACCCUGAAUUUUACCAUAAGGGGUAUGCAAUUAUGGUGAAAGCUGCUUCGAAAACCAACACUGUUGAGAGAGUAUUUCCAAUCUAUGAAAUCAUAAAGAGCAUGAAUGCCCAGAGAUUGAAGAAGUAA